CCUAUUCAAGCAAACGGGACCUUAGAUGAGGAGGCGAAGGAAAUGAGAGAAUACUUCAGGGAAAAGAUUUGGAAGCAGAAGUUAGAGGAGGGUGAAGGAAGAAGAGGAGAGGAAGAGGAGGGAUGAAGAGAAUAGGAGAGAGGUGGAGAGAAUGAGGGAAGCAGAGGCGAGGGAAGCGAGGCUGGAGCCACGGAUGGUCCGUCUACUUAGGCAGCAUACCCGGCCGAGCUGUAAGACCGAUGAUGCGAUCGGGAAGAAGAAAUCACCAAAAACAAAAGCAAGGAUGUUGCGGGAGAUACGGAGCUACCUUGUCGAGUCAAACGAUGACAGUGAGGAAGUAAAGGAGGAGGCGGGGAAACUUAUCGAGGCCAUCAAAAAGAGAAAGGGAAAGAAACGGGGAGACGAAGAGGGAGUGAUCUCGAAGAACGUGAAGAAGGGUUACUAUAGAAAUCCAGUGAAGAUUGAAGAAGACGAAGAGGAGGAAGUCAAGACACCACCUCCCGUGAGAAAGGGAGCGGAAGGAGGAAAUGGGGGGACGGAAAUGCUAGACCUGGCGAUUGAACUACAUCGUAGACUAUCAGAGAAGAAGGUCCCAAAACUAAGGAAGUUAUGUAGCCAGGAGGGAAUCGAGUGGUCGAAGAAAGAUAGUGCCAUUGUGCCCGGGAGAAUGCUGGAGAGAUGCAUUAAGGAAGGAGUGGGGGCAUGGUUUAAGGGAAGGCAAGUGAGAAUAGAAAUGCGCGAGCUGCAGGACUGCUAUCAAGUAGGACGGUGCGACCAUUCCAAGGCAAUGACCGUGGAAGAGGUGGAAGACGUGAUGAAACCGUUUAAGCAGUUGGUCGCAGUACCCAUCGAUCGCAACCCAGGCUCAACGCUCCUUCUGUGUCCACAGUUGUAUGUCGAAGCAUGUAGAGCUACGUUCAAUCGGAACCCAAGCUUCACUCUGGUCCAAAGAGGGGAGGAGCAGUUACUAAGAGGAAUGAGGGGAGAAUUUGACCGGAGGGGGUUGGGGAGAAUAGCAAGAUGGCAGACCGGUGGAAAAUUUGGUCAGGCAUAUGGUCUCCCAAAGGACAAGGAUCUGGAUCGUUGGAGGCCGAUUUCACCAGCUACAGACGAUCCAGCGAGGUUGGCAGGAGCAAGAGAAGGGAGAGCCAUUAGAUACAUGUUGUUUGGACUGGAUCGGAGACUGCACUUCGAUCUAAAGGCAACGGAUGAGCUGAAGGAACGGAUGGAGAAGAUUGAGAGGGAAUUGGGGAGUGUGGCAGAAGGCGCGCUGGCAGCUAGCUACGAUAUUAAGGAUAUGUUUGCGAGACUGACACACGACAGCGUAAUGGAGGCAGUUGAAUGGAUCACUCAUUUGUGUGCAGCAAAGGGGUUCAAGGGGGUAAGCAUUUGUCUCAGGGGUAAGAUAUGUACCAUGAUGAGACUGAAUCGAAAAAGGGAAGGGUGUGUCAGCCUCUCUUUCGCUGAGAUCAAGUCAAUCAUCCAGUUCGAAUUGUUGAACACAUACGUGAAGUGCGCAGGGAGCUUACUGAAGCAGGAAUUCGGUAUACCCAUAGGGAGAAACUCAAGCCCGACGCUGGCAUGUUUGGUGUGUGCGAAGGCAGAAGCAGGUUUCAUGAACUCGCUGGGUGCAAAUCGUGCACUGCUGAGGGGGGUGCGGAUGAUUGAUGAUGUGGCAAUUGUGGUGGCGUAUCGUGUGGGAGAUGUAGAAUCGAAUCAAGAAGCACGGAGGAUUAGAGAAGCAUUCGACAAGUGCUACGACCAGAAUCUGAAACUGGUACGGAAGGACGAAGGGAGCAACAUUUUUGACUUCGUUGGCACCAGAAUAUUUGUGCAGGUUGAUCCGAUCCGGGUUCUGAUUCACCCAGUGACAAGGAAUCAGACCUUCCUGAGGCAAGAUAGGGGUUUGAAGGUACAGUCCAUGCAGGACUAUGCCUCUUUUUUGAAGAAGUCGACCAAGAAAGCAGCAGUCUUCGCAGCACUGAUUAGCGAAUGUCGAACUCGGAUGAGGCUUUAAAAGCUGCCAUAGCAGCCCUGGUGAUGGAGACGCGCCUCCACCGAA